UUCAAUCUUAAAUGAAAUAAUAUAUUUCUGUCAGGAAGAGAAGUUUGCAAUCAAUUCUGGAAUUAGCAUUCAUAAUUGGGGAAUUAUUAAAGGUAAUAUAAUGGGACAUUUAACUUGCUUUUAAUUUAUGUUAGGUUUUUAUGACUUGUCACUUACUAACUUUUCCAUUGCACACUGUGGCUUUGGAACAACGUAAUAAAUAAUUUCUGUAUUAUUUCAAUGGAGAUAAUAUUUUUGACAUUUUCGACUUAGAUUUUUAGGAGAAAUGGAAUGAGGACUAUGACAUUUAAAAUAAUUUGGAAGAAACUUGGAGAAUUUUAUUCUGGUACAGUUGAAUUUUCCCAAAAACUAGUAAUGUUUAGUGACAGCUUUUAUAGAUGUUAGUUUUCUAUUACAGUGCCUUUGUGUAGGUUCUCUAGACUAACUUUUCCUGUUUGUCUCUUAAAGUGCAAAUUUAAUCAUUGUAGAAACAACUUAAUUAAUGUCUUAAAUAAGAAUAAAGUUAAUCAUCCACUGCUCUAACUUUAAUUAAAAGAUUAAAGAGACUUGCUUUCCCAGACUUCUGUCUCCUGAAAUUAUAGAUCACCAUAAUAAUUAAAGGUUUUAUAUCCUUGUAAUAAUAAUACUUUACAUAGCGCUUUUAAAUUUUCACACUUCUGUAUCUUUUUAAAAUUUUCAUACUGGCCUUGAGUUUGAUAGAGUAGUUAUUAACCCAUUUUAUAGAUGAAACUGAAGCACCAAAAGAUUCUAGUUUUCCUAAUGUUGCACAGUGAAAUAACUAGAGUUUACAGGUCUUCUAAUUUAUUUAACCACAACGUCUUUCCAAAGUGCUAGAUAGAGAAUUUUGAGUAGAAAUAAACUUAAAAUUCUGAACUUGGACUCAUAAAUGAAUUGUUUUAGGGCUCAUGUAGAUGCAGGAAUCUUAAUCAAAAUGAUCAUUAUUUGUUUUGGUUAAAUUGAACUCAUGUUAUUUUUUCUUCUUAGGCUAUCUCUGCAUUAGCCAAAACAAAAAUAGAUUUUCGGUUUAGUUUUGUUUCUUGGUGUGGGGGAUGGUUGGUACCAGUAGUUUUCAGUUCCUAAAUCCUCCUCCCAUGUCAGCCAAAUGUAGACAGAUUCAUUGGUUUGCAGCAUUUUAAGCACCCAACAGAAUUGAGGAGAGGAAGUGCAAACAGCCAGAAUAGUAAAUGAUCAACUUCUAUCAUAUCUCCAAUUUCUAAGAGGUUUAUAGAAAUUGUGCUAGCAAAGAUAACUUAGUAAUUUUCUAGUCAUCUACAGGAGUGCUUCUAGGUAACAAUGCCAGUCAAGUAGCCAUCUCAUCAUGGCUCCAACCUGGUACUUUGGGGUCAGUUUAGCAAAAGGUUAGUAAAAUGUGUCCCCGGGGCCCACUGCCAACAUGUAGCACAUGGGCUGCCAGGGCUUCUCCAGAGUUGGCUGCCACGCUCUACAGGCCCACUUUUCUGCAAGUUCCCUCUCUACCAAACAAAAUUUUUACAGACAUAGUUAUAGUCACCAGGUCUUGGUCUUGGAAACCACCCAGCCUUCUGUGGAGGAGUCAGCCCUCAAGUUGCCAAGCCCACAGAGUGCUUUAUUGGCCUCCCAACAUCCAUCCCAGCCUUUCUCCCAAAGCCAGGCUUACUCAGCCUUGGCCUCAUGCCUAUCAAUGAACCACUCACAAGUAGCACCAUCUAACUUGAUGCCAAAGUCUUCCUUACACUCUCCCUGUAACUCAUGCCCAUCUGGCCUUCUAGCCAGACAUGCGGUCCUUGGACCUGGUUCCACAGCAAUUAGUCCCGAGAAGGAGGAAGCAACUGACUCCCGGAAAUAUACUGAGACCACACAGAGCUUCCCCCAAGUCUUCAUUGUUGCAACUUGAUGCUCAGGAGCCUUCAACAGUUUCCCAUUCCACAAUGGCCACUACCAAUAGCAGUGCGGGCAUCCGCUGGUCCAGACAGGAGACACGUACUCUUCUGGCCAUACUGGGUGAGGCAGAGUACAUUCAGCGCCUCCAGACUGUCCACCAUAAUGCAGAUGUCUAUCAGGCUGUGUCAAAACGAAUGCACCAGGAAGGUUUCCGACGCACAGAACGUCAGUGCCGCUCCAAGUUUAAAGUUUUGAAGGCUUUAUACUUAAAGGCUUAUGUUGCCCAUGCCACCAGUAUGGGUGACCCUCCACACUGCCCAUUUUAUGAUACACUGGAUCAGCUUCUCCGAAAUCAGGUAGUGACUGACCCAGAUAAUUUAAUGGAGGAUGCUGUCUGGACCAAGCAAUGUGAUCAGAACUUAGUAGCCUCUGACCUCCCAGGGGAAGAGGGAAACAGCAACUUGAAGGCAAAGAGGAAUCAGGCAGCAGAUCAUCAGACUAUCUUGAGAGCAGCUAAGGAAUCAGAUGAGAAUUGUCACCUAAGUGUGGGAAUCGGUAACCAGCUGCCUGAAACCGGUGACCUUGAGGAUUCCUGGGAUGAAGCCUCAGGCUGCUCUCAAGCGAUCCCCAGCUACAGCAGCUCCCACAGCCUUUACAGAGGUGCAGUUGCUCCCUGUCAUAGCAGCACUGUGACCAGAGUGGGUGUGUCCUGUGAGCCGGGUCCCUGCGCCAGCACCAGCCGCAACACCCUUGGUAUAGCCUCCACACAACAGCCCCAAGCCUCUUCCUCUAGAAUCCAUCUUGUUUCUGGUGGGGAUGGGACUUUCACCAACCAACCACCUCCAAGGUGGGCACGGCGUAGAAGGCGUUCAGUGGCCAGGACCAUUGCUGCUGAGUUGGCAGAAAACAGGAGACUGGCACGAGAACUUUCCAAGCGUGAGGAAGAAAAACUGGACAGGCUGAUUGCUAUUGGUGAGGAGGCCAGUGCCCAGCAAGACACGGCCAAUGAGCUCCGCAGGGAUGCUGUAAUUGCAGUCAGACGUUUGGCUACAGCAGUAGAAGAAGCAACUGGUGCUUUUCAGCUAGGACUGGAAAAAUUGCUUCAGAAGUUAAUUUCGAGCACCAAAAGUUAGGGGCCUGUUGUAAGAAAGUUAUUCCUUAAAGUAGUAGUAGUAACAUCUGCUUUCUAAUGGCUGUCCUCAAGUGUUCCCUGACAUCUUUUCUUAUAAGCAGCUGGCCCUCAGAGGGAAGAUGAACCAUAUAUUUGUGGAGCAACAAGAAUACAUACACAGGCCAGUUCCUUUCCCAAAAGCCCAUUACUAGUUAAUGGAGGACUCUCCAGAAAUAUGUGGGCCAGCAUGGUAUUUAGAAAAAGUCUGGGACUGGAAGUUAGGAAUUCUCUAGUCCUCCUUCUGUCACUGAAUUCCUGUGUGUCCCCAAGUUCUUAGGCUAUUCAUAUCAUCUCCCUGUGCAUCAAUACCCUGAAAUGUACAAAGGGGAAUAAUAAUACCUGUCGUACCUACCUCACAGGGUUGUUGUGAGGCACAAAUGGAUAAGUAGAUGUGAAAGCAUUUAGAAAAGUAAACUGUAAAUGUAAGGUAUUAUUAAUAAAUGUGACCUGGGAUGAGGCACAUUAGAUUGCCAGGUAUAAAAAUGUGGUUAUUAACAGUAACCUCAUUCUUUUGAGCCCUGCACUCAUCACUUGUUUUUUUUGUUGUUAUUGGGGUUUUUGUUUGUUUUUUUUUUGUUUUUUUUUUGUUUUUUUCCUACUUGACUGCUAUAUAAAGAGUGAUUCCUUGGAUGGUGGUUUUUUUUUUUUUUUUUUAAAUCCUUCUACAAUCAUACAACUAAUAUGGUUGCAAACAACAUGUACCCUUUUGAAUACAUUUUUUCACUGCUAUAAUUAUAUCACGUCUUGACAUGUAAUACAAACUAUAGCAACCAAAUUAGCUCCUUUCCCACCUCCCCCCCUUUUUAAAUUCAGCUAAUUCCUAUUGUACCACUUAAGGGGGUUAAAUUAAUGACUGACAGGGAACUGCAAUAGUGUGAUGUCAUGUUUCCAUAUUGAUGAAUGAUUCUAUGGUGAAAUGAAAUAUUGAAUGUUAUAUAAAAUGUUAGAUGUAAGUAAAUACCUUGCAUUUCAUAUUAUGUAGUUCCUUUACUUUAUGUGCAUAAGUAUAUAUUAGUAAUUAUCCUAAUUUGGUUUGUUACCAUUCAGGCUUUCUAGAAACAAAUGAUUUGAAUUGUUAGUUUCCCUGCUCUGCUUCAAGCUGAUUUCAUUUUUCUAGGCUAGCAGCUUUUCUGUCUAGUUGUGUGUUAGAGGGCAUGCCUUGGAAAACUUCCCAUCUUAAGGAACCUGUUAAAACUAUGCUUUCUCCAUUGUUGGUUCACCUAGUUGAAUGGCCAUUAAUGAAUGAGAGCAGAGUAAAUCUCCUGCACCUUUUAGAAAUGGAGUGGAUGGAGACUCAGGAACAGAUUACUGUUCUUUUGAAGCACAGACCCUAAAGCAAAUCUUUUUGUCAUUUCUCUGUAAUAUUUAAUAGGCCUUGAAUAUACAUUUAUAGGAGACCAAGAGAUUGUAAAAACAAAACAAAAUAUUUUGGGGUGAUGUGCCUAUAUCUCUAAAUUUACUUUCCAAAAGGAAACUAUUGUCUACAAUCACUAAACCUAACUAAAGCUUUUAUAUUUUGUGAAUUAAUUUAGGAGAUUAUUUUUGUUUUUCUUUUUGCGGGGACAGGAAGGAGAAGGAAGAGGUGGUGAUAGAUAUAAGAAACUUCUUAAAUUGAUGAGGCUUUCCAGAAUUUCAAUAGUCUGUGUCAGGAGAGACUUUUUAAAAAAAAAAUGGCUUUAGUAUCUGCCUGAAAACUGGGGAGGGAGGGAAAGGGACAUUGCAGAGGACAGGGACUGUCCCAAACUCCUCCAAAGACAAGGUGAGAACAUUCAGUGCAAAUUUAGCUUGUUGGAGAGAUAUAAGAUCUGCAGACUACUAUGAUAAAUGUGAUCUAAUGAAUGAGAGGAAAGCUAGUAUAGUGAAGAGAGCUCUAGAAUAGGAACCUGGAGAUUUAAGCUUUAUUCUUGGUUCUUAACCUUAAGUUAGCUUUGUACCCUUGGACACUUAAUCUUUUUGUAUCAUCAUCAUCUACAUAAUGUUGAAGUUGGAUUUGAAAAGUUUUGAAAGAUUCUUUCCAGCUCUUGUUAUGAUUCAAAUGUAACAAAAAUUCAUGAAAUUUUAGCUUUUGCAGUAAAAAUGUAAUACAUAUUUGAAAAAUUGUUUUAAAUUAACUUUUAAAGGGCAUUGAAGGAGAAUUUAAUUUAAUAUUUACUAAGGCAUUGAUCUCUUAAAUUCUAUACAAAACAUCAAAAAUAUCAUCCCUACUUUCAAAGAAUAAAGGUGAUGAAUUAUUCAUUUUUAGACCACUUUUUAAAAAUUCUUUUUGAGAGCCCUCAUGUGGAAGUAUAUAAAUCUAAAGAAGCCAGCAUUAAGUGGACUUCCCUGGAAGCAAUUGCUUGAUAUAAAGAGCUCAGCCUUUGGCAUGCUAAGCUGUUGGUAGUGAAACAGGGUUAUCAGUGAUAUCAGUAAGAACAUGGGUGAAGGUGUAGAGCUACAACUAAGAAAUACUAUCAUGGAUAUGCUGACAGCCAAACAAAGUUAGACAAGUGGUGUUCGUAAAAGAUAUAGGGCUCAGGAGUACUUUUUGCUAGAGGAGUAUUUGUUGGAAGUUAUUGAAGGAGUGAAGAGAAAAAUAUGCAGAUAAUCAAGAGAGAAUAGUAUCUUUAAAUGGCAAGGAUGUGACCAGGAGUCAGGUUUUUGCCUGGGUCCUAGUCCCAUCUCAUUACAUAAUCGUAGGCAUGUUAUUUUACCACUCAGUGCCUGAGGGUCCUCAUCUGUGAAAGGGGGAUAAACAAUAAUAAUAACUGUCCUACCUCACAGGGCUGUUGUGAGGAUCCUACGAAAUAAUGAAUUUGAAAGCGCUUUGAACAGUUAAAGCACUAUAUAACUGUAAAGGAUUGGUGAAAUUAGAGACCCAUAGCACAUCAGUGGUGGUGUAUGCCAAGCCUCUGGGCAAUGACUAUAUAUGUAGGCAAAGCCUACGGAGAGGGAGGAAGAGAAUCCUCUCCAUCCAUUAAAGGUUGGGGGAGAUGGGCCAGAACUGACUUCCUUUCUGCCUUCCAGAAACCAUGAUGUGCAUGAGGUGCUCUUUGUACCAACCCCCAUAGUCUGUUUUUUUUUUUUUUUUUUUUCUGUUUAAUAACUGAAUCCUGAUGUGAACAAAUAAAGUUUUUACUUGUA